CUUUAGCGUCACGAUGACUGCUUGACGACCGUGACUGCCUUGCAUUGGAGGCCCUGUGUCAACACUCGUUGUUUCUUGAUCCCAACUCUCAAUUAAAAAACGUGGCACCAACAGAGCAACCCUUUUCCCUCUCCCUGGUAAAAAUACCCUGUCUUUCAACCUAACCAUCCCACCCUUUCUUUGCCCUUCACGUCACACGGUCUGGUGCAAACGGUCGACCCUCCCACCUUGUUCUUGUCCCCUCUACAAGCCACAACCAAACCACAAACCCGGCUUCGCUCUCAGUGAUAUCUUGAUUCAGAGCACAAUCACGACAAGCCAUCCCGAUCAGCGAGGAGCAGACAUCGCAAAAUGGCGUCCCAGAACAAGCGCAUCGCCAAGGAGCUCGCCGAGUGCACCACCACCCCGCCGGCCGGCAUCAGCAUCACCCUGCCCGACGACUCGGACCUGCACAAAUGGCACGUGACGGUGGAGGGCCCGGAGGGGACGGUGUACGCGGGGGGCAAGUUCGGGCUGGUGGUCUCCCUGCCCGUGGACUACCCGUUCCGGGCGCCGACCGUCACCUUCGCGACGCGCAUCUACCACCCCAACGUGACCAACGACAACCUGGGCAGCAUCUGCCUGGGCCCGCUCAAGGCGGAGAACUGGAAGCCGUCGACGCGGCUGGCGGGGGUGCUCGAGGCCGUGCGCGCCCUCCUGGUCGAGCCCCAGCCCGACGACCCGCUCGAGGCCCGCAUCGCCGACGAGUUCCGCGCCGACCGCAAGGAGUUCGACAAGAACGCCCGCGCCUACGUCCAGCGCUACGCCAAGGGGCCCGUCCGCUUCGAUGUUGCUGCUGCCGCUGCCGCGGCGGGUGAAGGGGGGGAUGAUAAGAAGGGGGCU